AUGGCUGGAGAGUAUCCAGUCGAUAGGGCGCCCCCAGUGGGGAGCUCACCCCCUUCCAAAGCAAUCAUGGAAAAGGCUCGUUUUGAAAAUGGUCCCCAGGCGGGUCCCCGAAAGGGGGAAUCCCGCCCAUCCGCUUCGGCGGCUGGCAGCCCCUCGUACUCUGGGGGGGGCAAAAACAGCCUCGUGGGUCGACUGGAAGUCGAUCCCCGUGAACACGACGAACGCAUACGACAAAUGGACUCGGAACUUGCUAACGAUACCGGUGACGAACAGGUAGUGGUGAUGAGCGCUAAGGAAGCGUCUGUCAUCGCUAAUGACGACGGUAGCAGAACAGCGACCUCUACGACCCGUAAGAGGACGUUGACAAUGCCGCGGAAAGGCAGCCUUACCAAAGAGGCAUGCACUCCCGCGAAAGUAAACACAGCACGCCGAGGAAGGGGCCAUACCGGCAAGAGUGGCAAGAGCACCAACCCAGGUGUCAACCUUCGCGUAGCCACGGCUCGUCUCCGUGGGGAGAAUGUGGAGGCGGAACAACCCAUUGAGCGGGAACUGCUUUGCGGGGCCUACCGAAAGGUGACUCCAGUUCCCGUACUCGACAUAGAGGAGGACGAGGCUCCCGCGGAAGAAAACCCAAUGGCGUUUUCCGCGGAAGAGAUGCGGGCCUAUGCUGGCAGGAAGGUGGCCGCUAUCUUUGAGGUCGCCCAAAAAUCCCGAUCACUGAAGGGAACCUUUGUCAAAAGACUAAAGGAAGCGGCGACUGCCUUGCAAGAGGCCGUAGAAGCCUUGGCAACGCGGACGGAGUCGGAGGAGGCACGUCGUCUCAGAGCAGACAACGGUCGGCUCAAGAGGGAGGUCGAAAAUCUCAAAGCCGACCUUGCCGCGCACAGGCGCGAGUUCCAAGACAUGCGGACCGCCAUGCGAGCUUCUAUGCUGGAGACCUCUGCGGAAGCAUCACUUCGACCGCCAUUAUUGGAUGGGGACAUGCUGGACGAUCUGAAGCGCUCGAUAAUCACCUCGGUUGGCACCAUGGUGAAUGCCCGUCUUGAGACGAUCGAGGAGCGACUGCUUCCUCCGGUGAUCCAUCGCCCCCCUCUGGCGGCGGACCGACGGAGAACAGCCGAUGCGGAUGAGGCUAGGCCAACCAUGGUCCUCUCUCCAUCGGUAGACAAAAGGCCCGUGAAACCGCCGGCGAAGCCCAAGCCUCUAAAGCCACCGGCACGAGGGUCGGUGGUGCCCGCAGUGGUGUCCAAGCCGAACAGUGGCCAACGAAAGCCAGCGCCUGGACCACUGCAAGCUGGGAAUGCCUCCCCAGCAGCAGAGGCUUCCUCUGUAGCCCAAGAAAACUGGGUCACGGUAGAAAACAAGAAGAAGAGGAGGAAAAGAAAGAAGAAAUCCUCAGCUGACAAGGGCACUAGCGCCACGCCUGUACCCAGAAAGGUCACUGGCACUGGCACACCGCAGAAGGUGGCAGCCAAGGAUAAAUCCAAGACCAAACUUAAGCCCCCGCAGUCUGCCGCGGUGGUAAUAAGUUUGCUGCCUGAAGCGUCACAGAAAGGCGUGACCUAUGCGCAGGCGCUGGCUGAAGCGGAGGCACGCGUUGACCUGGCGGGGCUAGGCAUAGAGGGAGUCAAGUUCCGCCAGUCGGCCACCGGGGCCAGAUUGCUAGAGCUGUCGGGACCUCAGGGUGCACUGGCAGCCGACCGGCUGGCGGAACAGCUCCGCCCUGUACUUGACGGCGUGGCCAGCGUCACCCGGCCCACAAAGACUGCGGAUAUCCGCAUCUCGGGUCUUGACGACUCAGCCACUAAAGCGAAGGUGGCCGCUGCGGUGGCAAGGACUGGGCAGUGCACAACAGACCUGGUCAAAGUCCUGGAGAUCCGCCCUGGCCCAGGCGGGAUGGGCUCUGUGAUAGUGCAGUGCCCAAUAAGCACAGCCAAGACGCUGGCUGAAGCGGGGAGGAUACUGGUCGGCUGGAGCUCUGCCAAGGUACAAGCCCUAGAGCAGCGCCCGCUCCGCUGUUAUCGAUGCCUUGGCCUUGGCCAUACGAGGCCUAUGUGUACUUCGGGCAGCAGUCGUGAAGACCUGUGCUUUCGAUGCGGCAACGAGGGCCAUCAGGCCUCCAACUGCAAAGGCGUGCUGCGCUGCGCGGUCUGUGCCGACGCCGGACGUCCAUCGGACCACCGCAUGGGGGGGAGGAGCUGCAAACCACCUCCCAUGAAACAAAAAGCGGUCCCUAGGACCCAGACCGCCAUUACUGUCGACCGCCAACAGACGCGGGAGGUGGCUAGUAAUAUGUCGGAAUGA